CCCGCCAAUUCAAAACCCCCAAAUUUGUAUUUGCUCCUCUUUCUUUUUACUCACGAAACACACACCUCACAUCUCUCUCUCGCUCUCUCUCUCGCCCUCUCCCUCUCUCUCCGGAUUGUUCAGCGUAGGUUUCAAGGUGAUUCACAAUUCAUGAACUUACUUUAGGAGCUUCAUAGACAAUUUGGAGCACUUACUUUACGAGUUGCAGUGACAAUUUCGAGAUUCCAGCUAUUAGCAUGUCAGAUUAUGAUCCCGACUUAACUGAUGACUCAAGUUCUGAGUCAAAUCCCGAUUCAAGUGUUCGAAUCACUAAUAAAUUCAGUGAUCUCCUCGAAAAAACUGAAAGACUUGGGGCUGGAGGCUUUGGAUCAGUUUACAAAUGUGUCCAUACUUUGGAAGGAAAAGAAUAUGCUGUUAAGAGAAUUGAACUGAAAAACAACAGAAAACAACUUGAGUGGUGUUUGAGGGAGGUCAAAGCCCUCUCAUGUUUGGAACACAAACAUGUGGUACGAUAUUAUCAGUCAUGGACUGAUACUAAUUGGGAUGGAUUUUCAUCUACUGAAGGUAGUCAAAGUCAAGAAAGUGAAGAAAGUAAAAGUCAAGAAAGUGAAGGAAGUGAGGAUUCUCCUGUGAAAAAUCUGUUGUAUCUGUUUAUACAGAUGGAGUAUUGCCCAAGCACUUUGAAGUCCAAACUGGAAGAACAGCCAGUGAAUCACUUUGAGGUCCUAACUUACUUGCAUCAUUUGGUAAAAGGCCUCGACUAUAUCCAUAACUCUGGAUUUUUACAUAGAGAUCUCGCCAUGAAAAAUAUUUUCAUUGGAAAGGAUAAAAGAAUUAAAAUCGGUGAUUUUGGUUUAGCUAAAGAGUUGAUUGGCCAAGAUGACGAUGAUAUGUACUGCUCUCACUCUCCACAUUCAGAAUCCAUCGGAAUUGGCUUUCACCGCGCACCAGAACUUAAGCAACAUCAGCCUUAUUCUAAAAAGUCAGAUUUCUAUGCUCUUGGAAUAACCUAUCUGGACAUGCUUCUUGUUCACGUUGAGACGGACCACGAAAGAUCUCAUAUUAUAGAUGGCAUAAAGAAGGGAAUCUUUCCUGUUGAUUGGAAGUUUGACACGGCUUUACCAAGGGCGCUCUUAGCAGAAUUGCCCGAGGCUCGACCGAAUGCGACACAAAUCUUAAAAAUGAUUGAAGAUGCAAAGAAGGCGAGAGGAUGAUCACUGUCAUCUCCUAGAAAACAUGUUUUGUGAUUGGACUUUAAGCAAAUUACUUUGGGUUCAGUUCUAGUUCUCCAGAUGUUUUCAAACAAUUUCUGAGUCUUAAACAAUUGCUUGUUUAGUACAUAUUAAGUACAUAAUAUACGUAUAAACAAUUUGUUUCUCAAAGAUAUUGCCUAUAUUAAGUAACCAGCUUUUAUAGACCUUAACA